UGGACAUGCAAUUCUAAUAGCACGCACCAGCAUAAAGAUGGUAGCCAUUGUUGCUUCUUACAGUGUCUUUCCGAGUAAAGAAACUCCCAAAGUUCAAUUAUGGUUAUCAGAUAGUGACCAAGUCGUGCGUUCAGGUCACACACCCACUAUCUAUGUAUACCAAGCAAAACACUAUGAUGGCACCACCCAGAGGUUGAUAAACUCUCUUGCUCAGAUUUUAGUGCCCUACUACCCACUUGCUGGUAGGUUGAGCUUAGCAGAAACUGGUCGAAUUCAAGUGGAUUGCAAUGCCAAAGGAGUCACUUUUAUUGAAGCCGAAACCACAAAAUCAUUGGCUGAUUAUGGAGACUUUUCACCUUCUGAUUCUGUCAGGGAGCUUGUUCCAAAGAUUGAUUACACUCGACCCGUAAAGGAAAUUCCUUUGUUGCUUGUGCAAUCCACAAGAUUCCAUGGUGGUGAAGGUUUUGUCAUUGGAGUGGCUUUCUGUCACCCUUUGGCUGAUGGGUUUGGUGGCAUUCAGUUCAUCAAUUCCUGGGCAAAACUGGCUCGCGGAGAGACACUUGAGCCAUAUGAAUUGCCCUACCUUGAUAGAACAAUACUCAAACUCCAACACUCAUCAACAUCACCGUGCUUUGAUCACCCCGAGUUGAAGCCUCUACCACUAAAACUAGGAAGCUCUGACAUCAACGCUGAGGAAAGCAAGAAGACAAGGGCUGUGCUACUGAAACUGACGCAAGAACAGGUGCAGAAGCUGAAGAAUGAGGCGAAUGAAGAACCCUUGCAAGAAGGGGUGAGAGCUUAUAGCAGAUUUGAAGCUAUUUCCGGUCAUAUAUGGAGAUGUGCAAGCAAGGCUCGUGAACUUGAAGAGAAGCAAGAAACGGUGGUUCGGUUCAAUGCUGAUAUCCGUAGCAGACUGAUUCCUCCUCUUCCUAGGAAUUACUUUGGGAAUGCUUUGGCAGCAACAGUGUCACCGAAAUGCUAUGUUGGAGAAAUAGUGUCAAAGCCUUUGAGGUAUGCUGCAGAAAAGGUAAGAGAAGCGAUUGAAAAGCUUAGUAAUGAGUACAUAAGGUCACAACUGAGGAUUGUGUUAGGAGAGGAGCAAUUGGAUUGCAUAAGGGGUUUGUUCUUGGGAGAAGGAGAGCGUAGAAAUGUUCCUUUUGCAGGGAAUCCGAAUCUUCAAAUCACAAGCUGGAUGAGCAUGCCAGUGUAUGGAGCAGAUUUUGGAUUGGGAAAGCCUGUGUUUUUCGGAUUGGCAUAUGUUGCUUCGCAAGAUAGGGCUGUGAUUCUUCUGAGUCCAGAUGGUGAUGGAUCCAUUAUUGUCUCCAUGCACUUCCAAGAAUCACAUUUGGAGCUUUUCAAGAAAUUGUUCUACCAGAGUUUGUGAAAUUGACCCGCAUCACCAAAACUAUAUUCAGCUUGGCACUGCCAACUUUUAUACGUAAUUAUGAUAAUGUUGUCUGUGGCUUCAGUUUACUUUCGAUUCUUCUUUCUUCUUCACACAGGAUGAUGUUUUUAUCUG